AAAGGACUUGGGGGAAGCCACAGUGCGCAGGAGCUUCAGAUCCCCGCUCCUCUCCUGCCUCUAGAACCCGCAGCCCUCACCGCCCUGGUUGCCGCAAUGAGCCUCCUGCCCAGCCGCGCCGCCCGCCUCCCCGGGCCCUCCGGCUCCCUGUGCGCGCUGUUCUUGCUGCUGUUGCUGACGCCGCCGGGGCCCCUCGUCAGCGCCGGUCCCGUCUCGACCAUAGUGAGGGAGCUCCGUUGCAUGUGUUUAACCACCACACAGGGGAUUCAUCCCAGAAUGAUUACUAAGGUGCAGGUGAUCGCCGCCGGCCCACAGUGCUCCAAGGUGGAAGUCGUAGCCACCCUGAAGAACAAGAAGGAAGUCUGUCUGGACCCAGAAACCCCUGUGAUGAAGAAAGUCAUCCAGAAAAUUUUGGACAGUGGAAGAAAAACUGAUUAAGAGAAAGGACCAUGCCCUGGAAAAAUUGCCCAGUUCCUUAGCAGAGCGGUUUCCUGAGUGUCUCAGGACCCAGUGAAGACAAGAAGCAAGGACAAAUUUUCUCCAAUGAGUUAGGCUUCUUCAUAAACUUCCCACUUUGAGAAAAGGAUGGUGGGGAGGCACCUAUGUUUGUCCCUCGAGCUUAAUGCUCAGCUUAUGAAGUAUUUAACACAGUAUUUCCCACUAUUUAUUUGCUGUUAUUUUAUCUGCUGUGCUAUUUGAAAUCUUUGGCAAUUGAUUAAAUUGUGAGUCAAGAAUCAGUGGUUGUUAAGCUUUCAAAAUGACUUGUAUUUUUAGAAUAUAUUCCUUACAGUGUUACUGAGAAGGCUGUGGGUUUAAUAUGUGAAUGUUAUUUCAUUAGAAUGCUGUAGGUGGAGAUAAAUUGUUAUCUUCACACCUCAUGAAAUAGGAGAUAUUUUGGUAUCGUUUCUUGGGGAAUAUGUUAGGUUUCCUUGCUCUUGACUCUGGGAUGCUGAGUUAUAUUGCCUUAAACAGCUGGUGUAACAUGCAGUUAUCUGUAUAAAAUAUACUUCCUUAUUUAGAAUUUUUAAAUGUUUACGUUCUAUAAGAACUAAUAUGUUUUUUUCCUAUAAUUUUAGACAUUUGAUGUCUUCUUAGUAUGGCAUAAUGUCAUGACUUACUAAACCUUGAUUUUAUGGUGUGUAUUAACCAUUUUACUAGGAGUACUAUAAUUCUGGUCACUAAAUAUAUGUUUUGGACAGAUGAAGAAGCUAGGAUAUAGGCAAAUUCCCUAUUUCUAGUUUUUUUUUAUAGAAAUGCAUUGUUUGCAUUUUUUAGGAAUAAAAGCAAACUUCACAAUGAUUUGUACUCGUAAAGUUUUGAAAAGAUGUUUGAGCUAUUUAAAUAUAGAUUCACAUUUAGUUUUCAAAAAGUAUACACAGGUUAAGGUUUUGAUCAUUUUGUGAUAAAGAAUUGCCUAUGCAUCACAAUUACCAUGUGAAAGUUACUCUUUAUUAUGUGUCUCAUUGGUUUGUAGCACUUCUUUUGUUCUUUGGGAAAAAAAAUAAAACAUUUAUAAAAUUUA